AGACGGGCCGCGGCGGGCAGAAGUGAGUGCUCCGCUGUCGGGUUAGGAUGCCGCCCUCGGCCAUGGGCUGCACGAGUCCGCUCCUCAAGCAGCAGCAGGACUCCGGCCCCGCGCCCGCCCAGGAGGCGCCGGCCGACAAGAAGAACCCCGACCCGGCGCGCCGCAUCAAGUGCGUGCUCGUGGGCGACGGCGCCGUGGGCAAGACCUCGCUCGUCGUCAGCUACUCCACCAACGGCUUCCCCAGCGAGUACGUGCCCACCGCGUUCGACAACUACAACGUUCUGGUGCGAGUGGAUGGGCGGCCGUACAGCGUGCAACUGUGCGACACUGCCGGACAGGACGCGCUGGACCCGCUACGUGCGCUGUGCUACCCGGACGCGGACGUCUUCCUGGUGGUGUUCAGCGUGGUGGCGCCGGCGACGCUGCGCUCCGUGGAGCGGCGCUGGGCGCCCGAGGUGCGGCGUCACUGCCCCGACGCGCCGCUGCUGCUGGUCGGCGCCCAGGCGGACCGGCGUCGCGACGCCCGCCUGCUGGCCACACUCGCCGCCGCGGGCCAGGCGCCCGUCUCCGCCGCCCGCGCCGCCCAGGCGGCGCGGACAAUCGGUGCGGCCUCGUACGUGGAGACUUCGGCGCUGACGCAGCGGGACCUGAAGGAGGCGUUCGACCAGGCAAUCGUGUGUGCGCUGCGACGGCGAGGGCUGCUGAGGCCGGCCACGCCCCCGAAGCCCCGCCAGCGGCCGCUCUGGAGGCGGCUCUGCUGCUGCACCAGGGGCGGAGGCGGCGCCGGGGGCGGCAGCGGCAGUGGCGAGAGCGCGGGAGCUGGAGGCGGAGGCGACGCCGGGGGCGGGGGCGGCGAAUAGCGGCCGGCGCAUACCGUCAGCCUGUCUGCCGGGCAAAGACUCGAUCCGAUUGUGAGAACUGUCGCCGCAGAUGACACACCCGCGGCUAC